GCGCCUCAACCCGAUCCGCAGUUGCGUGCACUUCUCUUUACCGCCAUUACACCCUAAACGCCCGUCUCCUCUCUCUCUCUCUCUCUCUCUCACGGGGCGAAACCCUAACCCCGAUCGAUCCUUUCCCUCGAUUGCCUCAUUAUUUCUAAUGGCGACGAGUUGCGUGAGAUCCCUGAGUCGCCGGAUUCCUCUCUCUUCCCUCGGACAAGUCGGCGUUAGAUCCAGAGCUGCCGCGGCUCCGUCUUCUUGUUCCCUCCACGCCUUCGCCGCCGCUCCUUGUACGAUUCGCCGGUUCUCGUCCCUCUCUAGGAUUCCUGUCGAAUUGGGGUGCUACGGGGGCUCUCUGCUCCCGUUACACAGCGCGGUGGCGGCGGCUAGGUUGACGUCGCGUCUGAGCACGACGUCCCGCGGAGGCCGCGUUCUCUCUCAGGGUACCCUCUGCCGCACCUAUCCCGGACUCUAGUGCUGUUGUUGUUCCGUCAGUUUUUCGAGUUAUCAAGAUGGGUCUUUCUGUUCGAAGGUGAUACUUGAAGGCCGACCAUCAUUGAAGUCUCUUUACUUACUAAUGGAGGUGGCCGAAUUUGUAGAACUGCACUGCCUAUCAUGUAAGCAGAAAUUACUUUGUUCCUAUCUGUACUUUAUUUCUGCAAUUAUUCACAAAGCAUCAAUUUGUCGUUAAAUUCUUCAGCCUUUACGGAACAAAGGAUAUUUUUGAUAAUUGCUUAAUGCAUGGUUUCUCAUUUUAUAUUAAAUAUUAAUUUUCUGUUGGGCUUUCUCUUCCAUGAUGAUAUUGAUAGUCCACUUUUUAUUGAUCUGCCUUAGCUUGUAAAUUCUUCUACUUAGGCAUAGGUUUCGUAGGGAAAUUAAAGGACAAACUGGUGGAAACCUGAAACAUAAAUAGAGGUUUCAGUAUUUUAUUUACUACUGAAGAUCCAGCACCUGGCAAAAAGAGCCAUGAUGUAGUUAAGCUAGUUGAAGAAUAAUUGAAAACUAAGCAUUGCAAAUAGGAGAUAGGACUAAAGAUCAAACUUUUAGUUAUCGACAUCAGUUCUUCCUAUCUGUCCCACUUAAAGUAUGAAUUCUACCCCUUUUUUUUGCACCUUCGGAAAGCUGCAUUCAUGAGGCUAAGGUGGAAUGAGUUAGGCACUUGUUUUAUAAUCUGAUCUACUAUUGUGGCUGCAAUCUUUUCUAAAAUAUAGCAUAGUUUUCUAAGGGCAAUCCUUGACACAAUGCUAAGGUUGCUCCUUUAAUAAGACUUGAUCAAAUUCGAGUUACGGAAGUAACAUGUUUGCAGAUGCCCUUGUUAGGGUCAUUUGUUUGAUCGGUUAUCAAAUGAGUCGCCUAGUAUAAAAAUACCAAAAUGCUUGAACAUAUUCAAUGUCUAUUUGUUAUAAUAAGCAAUAUGUUUGUGUGUGACCACAGUUAGUUCAGGGGGGCACAUCUGUUUUGCUGCUGCUGCUCUCGGAUGAAACUAGACACUGGUACCAACUUUAGCACCCUGAAUAGAGUGAGUUGCCUGUUUCAUCCUUUGAAUCCAUCUGAGCUUUACCUGUAAAUCAAGUUUGUUAUGAUCUCAUGCGCGAAGCAUGCAUACCACAGUAAAAUAACAAAAAUACAUGAAAACAGUUAAGAAUUCUAUUGAUUCUGUCCAAGGUUAAUUGAUCUGGAAGGAGCAGAUGCAAAGAGUGUUAGUGUUUUUCUUUGUUAAGAGUGCUAGAAAGUUAUCUUGAAGAAUGGAAUUUUCUGAUCUUUCUUUGACCCUUUCUCAUAUAUUUUACUGAGGAGUAAACGUAGCAUAAUGUGCUGUACGUAUGAUGUCUGCUGUAGCCAUGUUGGUCAAAGGGGAUGCAUUACUUGGAUGUGAUGAUCCGUGAACAGCUAUUGACGUACAAAGCUUAUUAACCAAUCGGGUCAUAAUGGAUGGAGAUAGCAGGAUGGCCAAAGAGAGAGGGAGAUUAAUUGUAGGAUGUCCGAGGCAUCGAAAGUGGUGUUUGAUUUCAGUCAAAAGCCAGCUAAGCCUUAAAUUCUUUUCCCCAUUACUAUCUGGCUUCGAUUGAAGUUAAAUAACGGUGGUAUGACUUUGAUGGGUAGUAGUACCAAAUGCGCACAAGCAUUGCUUGGAAUUGUGCGUGCACAAUGGUAAGACUAGCGACCUUAGAAUGAGGUCACCUGCGUCUAGAAACUAGCCUCUUGUAUUUUUUUUUUUUUUUUUUUUGUAGUCUUUUUGUUCUCAUUGCUUGACCUCUCUACCUUGCGUCCAGCCAUAAGCCAUAAUUUGGUGAAAAAGGUAGACGUCUAAAAAUGAGCACUAAAGUCAGUCUCGAUAGCUAUUAGUUUUCUUCUAUCAGGGAGAAAAUUAUUGUUGGCUACCUACUACUAGUCAUCAAUAUUUAGUCAAUAUCUGGUGGAACCGUUUCUGAUGGAUUUGCGGUGCAAGCACAUCAAAAUCUAAUGUUUGCUUGUCGGCGAGAGAGCCUGCCUUCUCCAUCCUUGUGUUUUAGUUGGCCAUUGCUAAUGCAGAUGAGAAGCAACACCCCCGCGACUCACAUGCAAAAAAAAAAAAAAAAAAACGGAAAAGAGAAGAAAGAGAAAAUAAGGUAGAAAAACCUGACGAGAGCCACGUGCCGGUGGUGGGAGAAAUGUGGUAGUGGGGCGCGAGGGACCCACGGGGGGAGUUGCAAAGGCUUUCCGCCGACACCUACGCUCGCGAGUGCCCUCAUCCGCGGAGCACCCCCCACUCUCACCGAAACGCGUCGCCGUCCCCGCCCGAUCGCGGAUUAAGCGGAGCGGUGGGAACGAUUCAUGUAAACACAGCGCUAAUGACCACAAUUAAAACGAGAAGAGUAGGAAAGAAUUGGGCUGGCGUUCGUUCACGUGCAUGAGUCAUCGGAGACCACGAGCGAGCACGUGCGAUGUGGCGGUGGUGGGUGGGUGCGGGAUUCCCCCCUCGCAUCGGGAUCCUCAUCGCCCUCACGUGAUUCGAUGCCCUCGUCUCCGACUUUCUAUUCGGCAGCCACGGCGCCUUCCUCAUCAGGACCCGGUAAACAACUACGACAACAUCCAGCGGGCCACGCUGGAUCCGACGGCUCAGGAUCCACAUGAAGAAACAAGAAAAGUACCCGGUCCUUGGGCCGCAUGGGUAGCGCGCGUACAGCUGGCGCCCGACGCCUCCGCUCGUGAGCGUGAGGGUGAGUGCAACACUGUGUGUGGUCGCCGGGGGGAGACUCCAGCCGCAUGAUGGGUGGGGGUCUCGUCAGAGAUUUCACAGCUGUAUCCAGUUGUCUCGGCGUCGGUAUGUUUCUCUUGGCCUUUUUGUCUUCUUUUCUAUUAUUUACCUACGUCAACAUGAUGAUAACAGUUACAAGGGGGGACUCAGAGGUGCGCCGGUGGUCCACACGGCGUCCGACACUGCAUGUCUUAGUGACCGCUCGCCUCACCGCGGUAAUCGCCACCUGCGUCCUCAUCAACCACGGCACAUGCCGAAUAGCAAACAGGUAUUCUGCCCGGUGUAUAGUUGGGGCACGACGCCUCAAGAGGUCCGGCACCUCGUUGUCCAAUGCGCAGCGCCUGCGGCUGUCCAAUGGGACGCAGUGAAUCCUCGUGUGCUGGUGCAGCGGUAGCCGAAUGCCGGAGGCGCACGGCCACGGUAACUGUACAGUGCCAGACGUACGGGUAAAUCGUAGUUUCACUACGUGCCCACAGAAAGAGAAGGUAACGUAACUAGAAACUCUCUGUUCCCGCACAUCCACACGCAAAUCGAGUCCAUGGUCUAACCAGGUGGAGUUAGUUUUAUCGGCAGUUAAAAUGUCGAUGACAAAACAGUCAACGAUGGAGAUAAUUCACGUCAAGCUAAUAUGCCAAACUCACAUGGGAGAGGGAUAAAUACGAGGGGGUUGAAAAGUAACAGAAGACUUGGAGAGAGGAGAGGGAGGUAGAUGAGGGUGAGGGAUGCACGUAGUGCAUGAAGCCACAACCUCUUUCAAUGUGCUCUCCCCCUUCCCCACCCCCUCUCAGUCCGAGCGCCUCGUUACUUCCACAACGGCAUUGAUAUUAUUAUCAUUAUUGGUCUCAUCAUGGCCACCUCCAUUAUUUGUAGCAAUGUUGCAAAUUUGUGAAUGCCGUCUUGACCUCAAUUCCCACCUCCAUUUCUUCUCCUUCCUCUAGCUCUCGCUCUCGCUCGCUCACUCUCUCUCCACCCACCCUCACUGGGAACAGAACUAGACUGGGAGCUCGGAGUACCAUAGUCCUUCGGUACGACUCUCUUUGCCUUCUGAUGGCUCCGGAGUGGGAGAUGGCAAUGAUGGGAAUUGGAGCUUGCUAUUCUAUAAGCUCAGCGGCUGUUGCACCACUUACCAGCACCAGCGCUACUCCCACUUCGCCUGCUUACCUCUACGGUCCAGUUCCGCCCACCGCCGACGCCGGUCUCUGCGUCGAUGACCUCCUCGACUUCUCCCAUCAUGAUCUCUUCCCUCCUGUUGCCACCGACACCCUUUUCUACGCUACCACGACGGUGGAGCCGUCGUUGACCACCGGGGGCAGUACGCUAUCAGAGGAGACGUUCUCUGUUUUCCGAUCUCAGCAAACCUCCUCCGACCUUUACAUUCCACACUGCGAGGACGCAGCAGAGCUGGAGUGGCUGUCCAAGUUUGUGGAGGAUUCCUUCUCCGACGUGCCUUACGAGACCGGCGCAGGCAUAAUAACGCCUCGGGUGGAGCAGUCGGCCAACGGCCCUAGAGCUCGGAGCAAGCGCUCGAGCGCCGCUACUGGUGCGGUAGCGGCCGAAGCUUGGUCCUCAAUGGUGGCGCCAUUACAGCCACCAGCUCAGAACUCGCCUUCGUCUUCGUCUUCUUCGUCCUCCUCCGAGUUCUCGAUGCCCAAGCCAAAGGGGAACGGUGGCGACAACAUCAAUAGGAGCAACAGAGGAAAGAAGGGCGUUAGCGGAGGAGGAAGAAGCGCGGGGAUGGAAGGCGGGGCGGCGCGGCGAUGCACGCACUGCGCGUCGGAGAAGACGCCGCAGUGGCGGACGGGGCCGCUGGGGCCCAAGACGCUGUGCAACGCAUGCGGGGUGAGGUACAAGUCCGGGAGGCUCGUGGCGGAAUACCGCCCGGCGGCAAGCCCCACCUUUGUUCUCACGCAGCACUCCAACUCCCACCGCAAGGUGAUGGAGCUCCGCCGCCAGAAGGAGCUGCUGCUCCGUCGCCAUCACCAGGAGAACCACCCCUCCUCUUCCGCUCAGCCGGAGCUGCUGUUAGGCGACUACGGGGCUUGCUAAGCUGCAACCGACGCUGCCGUCGCAGGCCGACAGUCCCUUCCACCUCUCAAGUACAACUCUCGUUUGUUUCUAAUUCUUCCUUGAACUCUCCACAAAUCGUACGGUUAAGAUCUUAGCAAUCUCCUUUCUUUUAUGGA